UUUUUUGCUGACUUUGUGUGUGUAUAGUGUAUAUAUAUAUAUAUAUAUAUAUAUAUAUAUAUAAAACCACAGACACACACACACUAGUUUAUUAGGUACAGCCAUCUAGUGGGUUGGACCCCCUUUUGCCUCCAAAACAGACUGAAUUUUUCAGGGCAUGGAAAUGUUGCUCAAUUGGUAUCAAGCGACCUAACGCGUGCCAGGAAACAUUCCCCGCACAAUUACACCACCAGCACUAGCUUGUACUGUUGACACCAGGCAGAAUGGGGCCAUGGACUCAUGCUGCUUAGGCCAAAUCCUGACUCCAUCAGCAUGACGCAACAAGAACCGGUAUUCGUCGGACCAGGGCAUAUGUUUUUCCAUUCCUCAUCUGUCCAGUUUUGGUGAUUGCGUGCCCAGGAGCUGCUUCUUCUUGUUUUUAGCUGAUAGGAGUGAAACCCGGUGUGGUCGUCUACUGCAAUAGCCCAUACGUGACAAGGGCAGACGAGUUGUGAAAAUCGGCAUCUCGGAACGCACACCACUGUCGUACUGUUAUUUGCCUGUUUGUGACCAGCAUGUUAGCUUGCUCCAUUCUUGGCCAUUCUCCUUCCGUUUUCACCCACAGGACUGCUGCCGACUGGAUGUUUUUUGUUUGUCGCACCAUUCUUGGUAAACUCUAGACACUGUCAUGCGUGUCAUCUGUUUCUGAGAUACUGGAACCAGGGCACCUGGCACCGACGAUCAUACCAAGCUCAAAGUCGCUUAAGUCACUCGUUUUGUCCAGUCUAACGUUGAAUCAAACAGUAACACAAUGCCUGCUUUAUAUAGCAAGCCAUGGCCAAAUGACACUGUAGAAGUGAACCAUUUUCGUGAACAAGGUGGUGUACCCAAUAAACUGGCAGGCUUCAAGGCUUCUUUCUGCCUGCAAUGAAGGGACUGCUCAUCAAAUACUAAUCCUGUAUUGUUGAUUGAGUCAUAAAAGCCUCAACAAGUUGUGACAGUUCAGUGGGAAACCCAUAGGAUGAUCUCAUUCAUUCAUUCAGCAGGAUAUGUUUUAUUCAUUUGCAAAGUAAUUUGAUUUUCUUUCGCUACAAUGCACAUUCCAAUACAUAACCUGUUCCAACAAAACAAUGAAUGAGUCAGCGGGAGUUUUGAGUUGCGCUCUGGGUUACGUUCACGCUCAGGAAAGGCGUGUACUUGCUGACAUCGUGUUAAAAACUUAGAUACAUAAGGAUAUCAUAGCACUGCAUUAUUCGGGGAAACUGGGGACCUUGUCGAAGUACUUUCUGUUAGUCUUGAAAGAUUAGUUGCGGGGUCUCUGAUUCCACCCUGACCUUUACAAUCAAAUCCUAACCUCUACGAGUUCUCUCUCGCUUGCUAUGUAACUUCCUGUUAACGGGUGCGGAAGAAUAGGUUUGGUUAGUUUAGCUAGCUGCCUACACAGCGAGUUACGAGGACGUGGCAAAACUGUGUUAAAAGACCGCUUACCGCAAUCCGUUGUGUAUUCCUCCCACUCUGACGGAGAGCUGCAACCAUGUUUGUGCAGUUCGCUAUUGAAGAAAGUGAGCGUAGAGAGGUAUUCCGUGGAAAAUAUAGCACGGGAUAAGUACAGAAGUGAGAGAGCUACCACAACAACACUGCCAGCAGGUGCCAUGUUGUGUUUGAUGUGUAGGUGAGGAGCGCUGGAGCUUUGGUAAUGUAGUUCCCGUGUUCCUACUCCCCACCGUGAACUGAACUACCAGUCAAACUGUAAACGACUACAACUCCCAACCUAUCACGCACAAAUCAAGGAAGUCAGGUUUUUCAAGCCGGUUUCUCCAUCGUUGCCAACCUAAAACAGAAUGGCAAAGCGGUUUAGAUGUGUUGAAUGCAAUAAGGACGCCCACGAGCUUCACAGAGAUUACAGUAAUGGGAUCUUGAAGAUAACCAUAUGUGGAUCCUGCCAAAAGCCUGUAGACAAGUACAUUGAAUAUGAUCCCGUCAUUAUUCUGAUUGAUGCCAUUUUAUGCAAAACUCAAGCAUUCAGACACAUUCUGUUCAACACUACAUUGAACAUUCACUGGAAGUUGUGUGUGUUUUGCCUACUGUGUGAGGCCUACCUGAGGUGGUCACAACUUCAGGGAUCUGAGCAGAGCAAUGACCCUGCAGACAUCAUUAGAUACACCAAGGAAUGGGAUUUCUAUGGCAUGUUUGGGGUGGCAGCUCUUGAAUUGGGUGCGUUUUCUGUCGGAGUGCUGUCCUUCCUGUGGCUGGUUCAGUGGUUGCUUGGCUUUGACUUUGAACUGAGCUUACUGCUGAAAGCCCUCCUGCUGUCCAGCUAUGGCAAAGUCCUGCUCAUCCCUGCAGUCAUAUGGGAGCAUGACUACUCCCCGCUCUGCUUCAGCCUCAUCAAGCUGUUUGUGCUCACAUCCAACUCUCAAGCCAUAAGAGUCAUUCUAAACUGCAGCAGAAGACUCUCCCUGAUGGCUGUGUGUGUGGGUCUGCUGUUAGAAACGUGCGUAGCCCAGGCGUUGCAGACGCUUCCAUGGAGCAUACAGGACAUCCUGCCGUUCCAGUGACCUGUUUCAGGCCAGUCCUGAAGAACACACUGUUACAAUGGCACCUAUUACACCCUGGACCAUAGUGGUGAGGAGAGACUGGCAGUGCUGUGUGGAGUGUGCCUAGUGAUAUACAGUGAUUUCCAAAAGUAUUUGGACAGUGACAGUUCUUUUUUUUGGGGGGGGGGGGAUUUGAAAUUAUACAAUGACUGAUGUUAAAGGCCUAGUGCAGUGAAAUAAUUUUUUUCCUGUUUUGUAUCAUAUUGUACAACAGCUGAUGAAACUGACACUGUAAUAAUGUAAACAAUUUUAUCAGUGUUAUUUCCUGAUUUGUUUCUGGUUGGAAAUAAAAAUCUACACAUGACCUUCUAAAUCAGCAGGUUUGCAUGAGCGGGAGCUUUGGCUUGCCUGGUGACAUCAGCAGGUGGUAAUUGGUUAAUAAACCAACAACAAAGAAUUCCAAACAUUUCUGCCAGUAACAGCUAGUUUUCAGUUUUCUCUUCGCUACUCAGACCACUCCCAGAUUGUCCUAGCACAAUUCCUGCUUGAGAAAUAUUUGUUUGCUAAAAAAACUAUUUUUGUUAAUUUUGAUGGAAAACUAAUACAGUAAGGUACCUAAUUGUUACCCAGAAAUGAUUUGAUAUUGUUAUAAAAAUAGUUGCAUUGGGCCUUUUAAAGUUCAGACUGUCAGCUUUAAUUUGAGGCCAUUUUCAUAGCAGUUGAACCGUUCAGAAAUUACAGAACUUUUUGUACAUUGUCCCCCCCCAUUUUAGGAAACCAAAAGUAAUUGGACAAAUUCACUUAUGUGUAUUAAGGUAUUCAAAACUUCAGUAAUUGUUCCCAUAUUCCUAGCAUGAUAUGACUAGAUCAAGCUUGUGACUCUACCAACUUGUUGGAUGCAUUUGCCGUUUGUUUUGGUUGUGUUUCAGAUUAUUUUGUGCCCAAUAGAAAUUAAUGGUAAAUAACGUAUUGUCAUUUUGGAGUCACUUUUAUUGUAAAUAAGAAUAGAAUAUGUUUCGGAACAGGUCUACAUUAUUGUGGAUGCUAACAUGAUUAUAGAUAAUCUUCAUCGUAAUUAAUCGUAAAUAAUGAUGAAUGAGAGUUACAGAAGAACAAAUAUCAUACCCCCCAAGACAACCUCUGAACAUUACAAUAAUAGGGCAGGUCAGCAUUUUUGGGGGGGGGGGUAUGAUAUUUAUGCCUCUAACUUUCUCACUCAUCAUUAUUCACGAUUCAUUCAGGAUUAUCUGUAAUCAUGGUAGCAUCCACAUGAAUGUAGAAGUGUUUAGAAACAUAUUCUAUUCUUAUUUACAAUAAGAGACUCCAAAAUGACACAAUACAUUAUUUACCCUUCAUUUCUAUUGAAGCACAACCAAAACAAACUGCAAAUGCAUCCAACAAGUUUGUAGAGUCACAAGCUUAAUGUAGUUAGUCAUUGAGUGCUAGGAAUAUUGUACCAAAUACUAAACUGCUGAUACACAUAUAAGUGAAUUUGUCCAAAUACAUUGGUUCCCUACAAGGGAGGGACUAUGUACAAAAAGUGCUGUAAUUUUGAAACGGUUCACCCAAAACAUUUAUAAUAAUCAAAUAAAAAAGCUGAUAGUCUACAUUAACUGCAAUUUAACCUCAUAGUCAUUGUAUCAUUUCUAAUCCAAAGUGCUGGAGUACAGAGCCAAAACAACAAAACAUGUGUCACUGUCCAAACACUGCUAGGAAAAUACUGACACUAUGGACCUGACAACAACCUCUCUGUUGGGAUUAGAGUUACUGAGGCCACGGGACAUUCCUGAGGCUAUUUGUCAAAAUAUCUACCACUAUAGAAAGCGAGGUAGCACAUCGUGAAUGUAUUCUUAAUUCCAUGCAAUGCCAAAAACCACAAACUGUGUAUAAGCAAAACCUACUUUGAUAUGGAACAGGUGUGUGUGUGUGUUACAGAAAGAAUUUGCAUUGAUGGGCUUUACAGUAAUCACAUUUAUUGUCUUAAAUCGUUUUGAAUUUAAGCUGUAAAAAAAGAGCAAUACUCUCUUGGUGAUCAAGCCUGUAUGAUUACGACUAGGAACCGUGGAAUGAUAAGCAUUUGACACACAUGCUCACAGAGGCUGGCUUUAUGUGCUAAGGCCCCUUGAGACCAUCUAAUCGGUAAUGUAGUGCAUAGCCAGAUAUCAGUCUGCAUAUUUCCUGACCAAAGCCAGCUGCUUUGUUGGUAUUUCUUAACUGUAUAAAGCACAUAAAUCUGUCCACUGGGAAUGCUGUUGUUGUAUGCAGACAGAGCCUAAAGUCAGUGUGAAUAAAGUAUAUUUUUGAUAACUCACUGA